UAGAAAAGGGGGCGGAUCAGUGGACGCGGUUUCUUCCGAUCCGAGAGUAGAAGCCUGAAAGUCCCAAACUUCUGUUGUUGCUCUUUCUUUGGGAAACACCACAAUGAAGCCGUUUCUCAACAGCCUCCUGCAACUCUGGCCGCGAGGAUCUGUUUCGCUUCUGCCACGAACCAUGCCUGAGAGAUUUGGGGGGAAACACCGAAGUGUAACCUCGAUUCAUGCAUACAACACAAAAGGAGAAAACACCAGGCCAACUGAGCGAUAUCCAAUGCCCAACAAGAAAGAUUUACCACAUGAUAUAAUGGAACACCUGGAAGAAGCAGAAGUGAAGAAUGGGUUUUUGCCCAAUGUGUUUAAAGUGAUGGCUAAUCGACCAGAAGAAUUUAGGGUAUUCUUUACCUAUCACGAUGUCAUCAUGAACAAGAAAACAGGAAAGCUAAGUAUGGCUGACAAAGAGCUCAUUGCUGUGGCUGUGAGUACUGUAAACCAUACCCCUUACUGUGUAACUGCACAUAGUGCCUCACAUCGGAAGUACUCCAAGAAACCAACUUUAGCAGAUCAGGUGGUUGUGAAUUGGAAAAUGGCCGAUCUAAGUGAUCGGGAAGUGGCCAUGCUUGAGUUUGCCUUUGCUGUCUCCAGAGCAGAUAACAUAACAGAAGAGCACUUUCAGAAGUUGGAGGCCCACGGAUUUGACCGAGAAGAUGCCUGGGACAUAGGCUCCAUUUCAGCCUUUUUUGCCAUGGCAAAUCGCAUUGCUCUCUUCACAGAUAUGCGUCCCAACCCAGAGUUCUAUAACAUGGAUAGACAAGAAGACAAAGUCCAAUUUUCCAAAUAAAGUUUGCUGGUGUUUACAA